GCCCGAGGAGUCCCGCCGUGAUUCACAACCACUCCUCAAUAUUAUCUAUAUAAGCAAUCAAACCUUCACCUAAGUCCUUCGAAUUCUCUUCUUUCAGCCUUCUAUUUGCUUCUAUCCAGCCGCCUCGGCUCAAGUACCAGCCAUUACUUCUCUUCUUUCUCAUCGCUCACCGUGCCAGUCCAUCAUGGAUGAUAACAGGUCUCAGCCACCGGAUGAGCCUGUCCUUAUUCCCAGUCUGGCAUCGCUGAGUAUUGAAGACAUUCCGACCCUCGAUCUCCAGAUUAAGCUGGAGCUGGAUCAGGGCAGCGAUGUCACCAAAGCAUGCGACGACAAGGAAACAGAGAUCACCGAAGUUCAGCCAAAGGAGGACAUUCUCUCGGAAUCCAUUCCAGAUGAAGUACAUCUAUCACGUGGCGACGAAACACUGCAGGACCAUGGACGAGAACCAUUUGAUGACAUCGCGACUGAGUAUGGGGAUACUUCAGGCUCCGAACCAGACUUUGCAUCAAGUUCAGAAUUUGAUUUUGGGUCGGAUGAUGAAGAUGGAGAAACAACAGACGAUUUGAUCCGCUAUGUCACGGCUCAUCGAGACGAGCCGUUCGAAUACGUCCAUCGCUUUCCUCCUCUGGAGCCCCUGGAAUCAAUCGAAAACCCCGAACACACUACCAUGGAACCUGCUGGCUUGCCUCUAACACCAUCUCCCACUACAGAUGUCCUCUUUCAAAAUGACUAUUUCAUCGUCAAGCGAUCCCUCAUUGCGGGCUGGGGCGCCUUUGCAGCCAAAGACCUCAAAUUCGAAGACAACAUUCUCGUCGAGAGACCGCUGUUCACCGCCGACAAUAACACACUGUACAAGGAAUUCGACAAACUGGACCAGGCUUCGCAGGAAAUUGCGCUGGGUCUUCACGCUAACAGCUAUUGUAAGUUCCAGAACAUCAAAGCUGUCUGGACUACAAACUGCUUUUCAACAGGUGUCUUGGAUGAAGCGGGCCUUUUCCCUGUCGCGUCGCGAUUCAAUCAUACAUGUCAUCCGGGACAGAACGUUGCGUACCACUACAACAAGGCCGAGAAGGUACUUGAGAUGAAAGUCAAAGCGGAUGUUAUCAAAGAAGGUGAAGAACUGACCAUCUCGUAUGGUUUCAGACUGACUCCCGCCGAUUUGUUCUAUCGCUAUGGGUUCAGAUGUCGCUGUGGAGGAUGCUCUGGAUGGACAGAAGAGGAUGAGAAGGGUAUGUGGUGAUCGAAAGGAGAUAUGGGUCGCGAGAGGCACAUAUCUUUGCUUGGGUUUGAAAGUCCAGAGAUAGUUUGGUUCCAGCAUUCGAGACAAGGGGCUAUGAUUGAUGUUGGAUUUGUAUUGACCUGGAUAUAGGGUCAUUCUUUGGUCCUUGGGAGAUGGGACCGGCGUUGGGC